GUGGGAGAUGUGGUGCUCGGGGCCGUCUUGGACUUAGCGAGAAACUGCCAUGAGCAGAGCCCAGCCUCUGGCUGCCACCUUCACCGCGGGCCACCAGCUCACUGCUUGGACAUCUCCGUCACCACCGAUGUCCAGAUGGAGGAGGACACCACCCCACCCUUGCACACCUCCGUGGGCACAGGUGUCCUAAUGGAAGAUGACGCCCAGUCCUUGACAUCAGCGUCCCCACUGACGUGCCCAUGGAAUAGGACACCACCCCAGGUCUGGAAAGGCCCUUCCCAGUCCGGGGUUAAUGCUUGCCGAGUCGGCCCGAUAAACGACACCCCGCUUCUGGGACUAACAAAGCACCCCCUAUUCCCUAUCGGUUUUCCCCUGAAUUGUGAUCUCUUGAAGAACCGCCACCUUCAAUCCCUCCCCCUUUGCCCCGACCGCCCUUCUCUCCUCUGCUUGAGGCCACGCCCCGGACUACGCUGCCUCGUGCGGGAGGCGGCGCAGUGCGCAUGCGCGACGGCAGCGCGCGCCCCUCGAGGCGGUGCGGUCAUGGCGCUGCCGCUCCUCUCGCCGCCCGACACCGGGCCUCAGCCACGCCUGUGCCCGGGGGCUCUGCGCCUUCGAGGAGUCAAGGCUGCACGUGGAUCUUGAUGGUUGCAGCUUGGAGCAGCUCCUGUCCUGGGUCAAAGGCUGUCUGCGUGUGGGGCGCGGGGAGCUCUUUGCCAGCAGCGCAGUCCCCUUUCCAGAAGAGCCGUCAGCGGGGCAGGAGAUCAGGGAGCAGGGCCUGGAGUCGAGCGCUGGCCACGUUCUCCUUGCCCGUUCUCCUUGCCCGCUUGGUCCCCAAGUGCCUCCAGGGUGGAAGCUGCUGCCUUGGCUGCUGCUCUCGGUGCCUUCGAGGGGAGGAGGCGGCUGGGCAAGAGCACCCAGGGCUGAGCUGUUGGGGAGGGAGAGAGGAGAAUAAAGGCCUGGAACUGCCCGGGCGCCGGUUGGCUUUGGUGUUCUCGGAGUUGUGCUCUGGCUUGAACUGUGUAGUUGGGGUGCGGGGGCUUCACCCCGUUUGGCUCAUCCCGUCCUGGGCAGGAGGAGUGCGAGUGGCUGCGCUGGGCAGACAGCGUGGGAAAGCAAGUGCCGCCGUGCCUGCCGGGGCCUGGAGGGACUCCAGCAGCAUCAGCCGUGCUGGAAAGAAAGAACACUCGGGAGCAGAGGGAGUGGAGUGGGUGGAGAGGAGAGGAAAAGCGGGCGCGGGCCGCAGGGGUGCUGGUGCAGAGCAGGGGACGCGGGAGAGCUCAGCCGAGAAGAAGCUGGGCCCGUUGGCAAAGAGCACGCGUAGAGGAUCUCCUGCGAGACGGUGGAGGAGAUGUGGUGGGCGGUGA